AUGACUCGUCGAUUCCAUAGCUUUACAAUUCUUAUAACAAGCAUAACAACAUCAGCAGCCGCCACAUUUCGCCUGACACGUUUGAUUCAUCGACGACAAGAGAACCUUUCAAAUCAAUCAAAUUCAAAUGAAAAUAAUACAACUAAACUAUCGAACAUAGUACUUGAAUCGAAAUAUAAUUUAUCAAAUAAAGAUAACAAUGUAUAUAUACCAAUUGAAUCAACUAAUGCAGUCAUAACUGCAAUUUAUCAACAAGCUUUACAUUAUAUAAAAUUAACUCAUUCAACAAAUACUCAUAUACGUCAACGUGAUCUUAUUCAUUUAGCUAAAUUAAAUAAUUUACCUUCAAUUUAUUAUACAAUUAUUGGUCAACAACUUGAUUAUCAUUCAGCUAUAAGGUUAGCUCGAACUUAUGAAGCUAAUUCAAAUUUAUUUCCUAUUGAUCCACCAUAUACAUUUUCAAUUGGAAAUAAAAAAGUAUUUACCACAGGUAAUAUAGAAAAUCUCAAUGAUGAUGAUGAUGAUGUACUAUUACAUACUAUAAAAGAAUUUCUUAAUAAAUUAAUUGAUGAUAAAAAAACGUCCUUUAGAUAUAUUAAGUCAACAUUAUCUGAAAUUGGUAAGAAAAGUAGAAUGAAGAAAAUUAUCAUUCUAUAG